AUGUUUGAUGUCGCGUUGCUUUCGUAUGGUAUGCCCAAUACCACUCAAGAAUCUUAUUUGCCGAGUCUCUAUGAUCCCUAUUCUCCACUUGUCAACUGUUCGUAUCUUCCACGACAUUCGUUUUGGUGUGAGCCCCCAGAAGAUCUUCAGGGAAAUCAAACGCUAUUUGAAAAUCUCGGUAGUAAGGGCUGUUUUAAAUGGGGCGGAAUACAUCCAAAUGAUAUCCAACUAACAACGCUGACAUGCCACGUUCUUCCUGGUAUCGAGUGUUAUGGCAAUCGCACUUUUCUUCUCCCUAAUUAUCCCUGCUUUCGUUAUCAUGGUUACUAUUUCCUUACCACUCUGCUCUACAGUAUUUUUCUUGGCUUUCUUGGAGUUGAUCGUUUUUGCCUUGGUCAUCUUGGUACAGGCGUGGGAAAACUUCUCACCUUGGGAGGAUGUGGAGUGUGGUGGAUUGUUGAUAUCAUUCUUCUAGCUCGAGGUGAUCUCGUGCCUUCCGAUGGUAGUUCUUGGAUGCCUUUUAUUUAA